UUAAUUCUAAGAAAAAAAUGUCAAAUUUAAAAACAUAUCAAAAUGAUCGAGAAAUCAUUGACGAUGAUUGAGCAACGAUCAAUUGAAAGAAAGAUGACGAUUACGUGGAAGAUGAGAAAUAACGAAAUAUGACAAAUCUUCUAUCGUCUAAUAAAAUACGUGAACAUCAAGCAAUGUUGUUCCCUGUUCAGUCAAUUACUGGUACAGCAUUAACGAGUCUACAAACGCCACACGAAUCCCAAAUAUUGGAACGUUGUAAAAUUUUGAACGAUAGCAUCGAAUUGAGUUUAUUUUCAGGAUCCUUGGACUCGACGAAAAAUAAAAACGCAAAAGAAACACUUAGAGCAUUAAGCUCGCAAUGUAUUGUGGACAAUAUUGUUCAAGAAAUGGCACGUUGGCCAACGGAAUGUCAAGUAAUCCCAGAAAGGGUUCGUCAUAUAGAAUAUAACCCGGUAAACCCAGAACCAUUUUAUUUAUCAAAUGGGAAAGAACCAACACCAAAACCAAUAGAUGAUGAAUUAGGUACUGUUAUAUUUCGAUACUGCCCAACUAAUGUUACCAAUUAUUUUAGUAGAUCAUGUGUGGGUGGAAACCCAAUUCUAUCGUCUUCCAACAAAACUUUCAAGGAAACGAACUCAGAGAACGAAUACACGUUACCAUCUUCCAAGGACGAGAACAACACCGCCAAUAUGUUUUUCAUCACCGAUGCCAAUAGUGAUUUAAGAUUUGAGUCACGUUUCGAAUCUGGUAAUCUUGGAAAGGUUGUUAAAAUAAGUGACACUUAUUAUCAACUUUAUUUGAGAAGGGAUCUCUAUACUCAGAGACACACCCAAUGGUAUUAUUUUCAAAUUUCUAAUACAAGAAGCAGAAUUACCUACAGAUUAUCGAUCGUGAAUAUGUGUAAGGAUGAAAGUUUAUAUAACGAAGGACUUAGGCCACUUUUGUAUUCUACUGAAGAUGCUCGAACUAAAUCGAUAGGAUGGAGAAGAUGUGGGGAGAAUAUUAGUUAUUACAAAAAUGGAGAAUCCGACGAGGAAAAGGAGAAACAUACUUUAACAUUUAACAUAUGUUUUCCACAUGAUCAUGACAUAGUUUAUUUAGCAUAUUGUUAUCCAUAUACAUAUACAGAUUUACAGGAAUAUUUAACAAAAAUAGUAAGCGAUCCAGUAAAAUCAAGAUUUACAAAAUUACGAUUAUUAUGUCGUACAUUGGCUGGAAAUGGUGUCUAUUAUUUAACAAUAACAGCACCAACUUAUUACGAGGAAAUACGAAGAAAACGUGGAGUUGUAAUCACAGCCAGAGUUCAUCCUGGUGAAACACCGUCUAGUUGGACUAUGAAGGGUAUCAUUGAUUUUUUAACUGGUGAAUCUAAUCGUGCCAAGGAAUUACGAGAGAGAUUCGUGUUCAAACUGAUACCAAUGUUAAAUCCUGAUGGAGUUAUAGUUGGUAAUAAUAGAUGUUCCUUAUCCGGUAAAGAUUUAAAUAGACAGUAUAGGACAGUAAUGCGUGAAAGUUAUCCAUCAGUUUGGCAUACGAAGUUGAUGAUACGAAGACUACUUGAGGAAUGUGGAGUAACGAUAUACUGUGACCUUCAUGCUCAUUCUAGGAAGCAUAAUAUCUUUGCUUAUGGUUGCGAAAGCAAAAGAACUGGAUGUAAUGCUAAACUCUCUGAACAAAUCUUUCCUUUAAUGCUUCAUAAAAAUGCUGCUGACAAGUUUUCUUUCGAAAAUUGUAAAUUUCACGUAGAGAAAGGAAAGGAAGGUACAGGUAGAGUUGUGGCUUGGUCAAUGGGUGUACAAAACAGUUACACGAUGGAAGCUUCAAUGGGUGGUUCCAGAUUAGGAUCGAGAUCUGGCACACAUUUUUCUACGCAAGAUUACGAACAGAUCGGUAAAGCCUUUUGCGAGACACUCCUUGAUUUUUCUGAUCAAGAUCCGGUCAAGGAGAGAUUACGAACCAAAAUUUUAACGAGAUUGAUCAAAGAAGGAUCAAAUGCCGAAGAACCUACGAAUAUUGAUUUAACAGAUUACUCUAGCGACGAAGGAGAAAGUUCGGAAAGUCAUGCAUCAGAUGAAUCGAUGACGAAUGCUUACGAUGAAGUACAAAAAGAAGGUCAUCCAGCACCACCUCCAUCUCCUAAUUUUGGUUCUACUGGAAGCAUGAAUUUACUAAAAAGGAGAAUAAGAACGAGGGAAAUGGAACGAAAGUAUUUGGAACGCAAAAAAUUUUUGCAAUCUAGAACCGUCAUGGAUUUGCAUACAACUGAUCCAGGAAGUGAUUUAUGUUACAUGACAGAUUGGAUCGAUGAUGAUCGAUCUAAAGCAACAGGUGAAUCAUCAAAUAUUCACACACAAUAGUUAUUCACGAAAAUUAAUGAAAACGUACAAAUUUUUCAGCAAGAAUUCAAAGACACAGAGAAAGAAAAAAUACCUUUAACUUGCGAGAAAGAAAUGAAGAAGAAAUAAAAAAAAAUGAACGUACAACAGAAUGUUCUUUUUUUCCUUCAAUAAUUAGACCACGUAGUGUAUCAUUAGGUGAAAAUUUAUUGCUCGAUGAUGAGCAUGGAAAAAUUCAACAACGAGUACGUUGUCAUCGUUUAUCCAGGAAAUUAAAACAUCAUCCUUCAACAGCAUCCCUCGAAAGAAAAGUUUCAUCUUUCAGACAACAAAUAUGGAUGGGAAUACCAAUUCGUAAUACGGAAAAUGGCAUGACUGUUAUCAAUAAUGAUUUUGGAAAAGUACCAUUGAGUUGGGGUAUAUCUAGCCUCGCUUUAACCAGUUGUAAUUCCAAGAGUGAAAUAUUCCUAAGGUCAAGUACAGAAAAAUUAAAAACGGUCGAUUAUUUCGAGAAAACUUUGGAAAAAAGAAAACCGAAAAAGAAAUCUCGCAGAAAACAACAAAAUAUCCUAGUAAACGAGCAAACAAUAUCA